UUGGACCUAGGAAAACCUGAGUUCCAAUCCUGCCUUGUGACCCUGAGCCAGUGCUUGACCUCCCGGCCUCUAAGAUGGUGCUGUAGUUACUUAACCCCCGGCGUAGAUCGUAGGGGAGUCAGUCGAUGAACACGAAGCCCCUACUACAGUCAUUUCAGUCGUCACCGACCCUUAGUGAGUCCAUUUGAGUCAAGAUACUGGAGUGGUUGCCAUUUCCUUCUCCAGCUCAUUUUACAGGUAAAGAGACUAACACUAUGUCAUGGAAUUAAAUCAGCAAAAUCCAGCUCCAGGUGAUAUUCAGGAUAAAGAAUAUGUUGUGGACAGGAAAGAUAAAAUUAUUGAAGAAUGUGAAGAAUUGUGGAAACAGAUGGAAAAAUGUCAGCAGGAGAUAGCACUUACUGGAGGCGAAAGACUUAACCCUUCUGAUGCUCAGCUACCAUUAUUAAUGAUGCGAUUAAAGAGUCUAACAGCAGAAUGCAAUCAAUGGCUGGAAAGAACUCCUGACAUAAUCCCAUUGAAUGCAGAAAAUCUGGUAGCACUAGGAAAAGAAGAGUUGCAAAAAUUAGACCAUGAUCUUGAAAUAUUACUGUCCACGGUUCAGUCAAAGAAUCAGAAACUACAUGAAGACUUAAGAAGAGAGCAAGGAUGGUUGGAUGAGCAAGAAGAGCUAGUAGCAUCUCUCAAUGAAAUAUGUAAGGAACUAAAAAAUCAAGUGAUACCAGUUUCUGAGAAAAGAACUUUACUUGAACUGAAAACUAAAAUGACUAAAAUAAGAAGACAUAGACAGAAACUCUUGACCUCUCUGGGUGAGGUUCUAGACAAGCAUUUUCCUCUCCCUGAAGAAAAUGGAAAUAAAAAGAGAAAAAGAGAGUGUCAACCAAAUGCACGGUUAAUGACAAUGCAUGAAAUUUUGGAGAUUCUUAUAAAUAGCUUACUUCAUUCUCCACAUGAUCCAUAUGUAAAAAUUAAUGACUCCUUUUGGCCACCUUAUAUUGAACUGCUGCUGCGUAGUGGAAUUGCGCUUAGACAUCAAGAUGAUCCAAGCCAAAUACGAUUAGAAGCAUUUCAUCAGUAAAAACGAUGUGCUUUCUUAGAUUUGGUAUUUAGAAACGUUGACACCCACGCGUAAUGGAAGCCCAAAUAUCCUCUUGGAUGAAGAACAUUGUUUUCACACAAAAGUUUAACCUUUCAUUUAUCGCUAAUUUUCUAAAUACAUAUUCCUUUUUCAUUUAAUCAGUGUUGGAAUAUUGUAAAAUGUUUUUAUAACACCUUUUCUUUAGCAUUUUGUUUCAAGCUUAACUUGGAUGUUUUAGUGAAUUCUAAUACACAUUUAUUAUAACAUGGCAUUGAAGUUGUGUUGGUGCUAUAGUUUAAAAGUUAGUAGAUUUUGAAAAAGGAAACAAAUUAUUUUCACGUGUAACAACUUACAUAUAGACUUAUUGAAAA